AAACACCUUACUGUAUCACCCUAUAAACAUCUGAGGUGGCCCUAGGAGGACCUUUGCGGCACAGCUGUCUCCCCACGACGUGAGGUUCCAGCCACCCCACCAUGAGGUUUCUAGUCGUCUCCAGGCUGCUCUGCAUCUGGCUCCUCUGCUUCUCCAUCUUCUUCGUGGAAGGGAGAAAGAAUUCUAGUCAUCUUAGCAAGCCCAGGAAACGCAGGCUGUGCUGUUCCCGAGUUCCUAGCCCUGCCCUGACGACCCAGAAAGAUGAGGAGCCAAAGCACAGAGAGGUUAAGUCACUGGUUGAAGGUCACCCAGCUGGGCGCCAUGUGAAGAUCUGCAGACUGUGUAAGUUCAAGCCAGAGUCCCGCAUUUGGGUGGUACCUGGGGCUCUCCCUCAAGUUUAAUACUCUCCAGACAAGGCUGCACACAGCUGAGACCCUCAUGCCCAGUGCCCGAGGCAUCCAGAAGUCUCAGGUUCUGCCAGGAUGCUCCUCUUGAAGCUGGGGGUGAUGGCAAAGAUGUCAAGAGCUUUGGCCCAUGGAAGCUUCUGUCCAUGAACCAUGAGUCUCUUCUCUUAAAAACACAACAUUUCUUGCCCGCCGUGUUGACUGUGCUCAUUCUGCCUUUUAGAAAAGCCUGAACCAGAAUUUUCUGAAAACCACAACAUAAAUACAAAGGUCAAAA